AGACGAUGAAUCGAUGUAUCAUCGCACGCACGCGUUGUUUAUUUGUGGUCACACCGGAAGUAAUUGCUGAGUCGCGUCUUACCAUCGAGUUGGACAUUGUUAUAUUAUCUUUUCCCACCGUAUCCUCAUCCUGCCUCUUGUUCAUCAUAUCACCUGCGUGACGUGGUCCUAUUUGUCUCAGCCUUAACUGGCUCCCAGUCAUGCCUACAACCAACCGCCGUCCACUAAGUACACGAACUCUGCCACUUCAAGUUCCUCCUACCAUGUCUCCCUUCAAACAAGGAAUCCGUUCAGCCUCCCUCUUGCUCAAACGUCCUCGAUCACCGGACCCUACAGCAGAUGAAUCCGUCAAGCGGGUGAGACAUGCUCCAACAGAAGUCAUCCACGGCGAGGACCGCAAGGAUAAGGAACGAAGGCGCGUAGAAAGGGAGGCUCAGAAGGCCGAGUUUCGUAUCAAGUACACUCGUGCAUUUCCUGCAUGGGUCUUCUAUUUCGACUUAGAUUUGUCGGAUCCUGAGAGUGCUGCCUUGCGAGAUUCAUUAGUAGCCCGGGUGGUGCACCUCAAAUCACAAGUAGAUGACUUUUUCUCAAACGAGAUCACACAUCUUAUCACUAAUCAACCUAUCACUCCGAUCGACCCUACUGCAAACAAGGAGAAUCGAUUACAAGGCUUUUCCGCACGAGCGAGCUCACUGAAAAGCCCAAUCAAGCUCCGUGGACGUACCACCGAGGAUGCCACCUCGCAGAGCUUCAACCUUGUGGAGAAGGCAAAGGCCUUCAACAUGAAGAUUUGGAGUCCGGCAAAACUUGACAACAUUCUGGAACGAUGUGAUGUUCCAGCCUUUGCAUUCUCCCCUUCGAAACCUAUUGCACAAGCCACUUCUCUUGCCCCUGCUUCCAACAAACGAUCACUAUCUAGCUUACUUCAAACCGAACGUCUUCAUGGUACCACCACAGAACGUGACCCCACUCAAAAGCGACAUGAUUAUCGAUAUUUCUCAAAACACAGUUAUUUUGUGCUUAUAGAAGACGUGCGACAGGAGUUAGCGACGAUCCAUGCUCUAGAAUAUCCCGUACAACGGGGGCACGACGGGAAAGAGCAACCCUCGGAGCGGAGGCGUUGGGACCGGGCACAAAAGGCGGAGAGGGAGAACGAGAACGAACGCGCGGAGAAGGUGGCUAAGGCUCUGAAGCGCAAAAGGCAGGCGGAGGUGCAGAUGCUCUCGGGCAAAGCUGGCGACCUCCGCCGCUCAGUGUCGAUGAAUAAUUUACAUCGCCAGGCAACUAUUGAAGAUUACGUUGACCUGGAUGCUGACUACGGAGAUGGUGAUACAAGAGAGUCAGCGACCGCCUCGGGCUACCUUGCUUCUACGGGUGUUGGUUCAUACGUUGCAGCAUCUGGCAAUAGCGUUUGUAUUACAUCCACAAGAGGCACAACAUCCACCGCAGGGGGUGCUUCUAGGACGCUGGAACUACCUGCUUCUCUUCGGUCCAGGAUUCAACAACAAGUCGUGACGUCUCGAAAAGCCCCGAAUGCAACCCACACUCUCAGCCGAAAAGCGGGAGGCAUGGGCCCACCCCUUACAAUUCCAGAUCGCCCACUGCUCAGGAAAAGCAGGAGUACAAACACCCUUCGAUUGCCAAAGCGCGAUGAAGGGAGCAAACCUGGUUACUGUGAGAGUUGUCGCGUAAAGUUCGAUGAUUUCGACACGCACACACAGGACCGGAGGCAUCGCAAGUUUGCCAUGGACGAUGCAAACUACUUCCAGCUUGAUUCGGUUCUUAAUCGCGUUCGACGCCGGACCCGCCAAGAAGCCGAGGAAGAAGAACUCAUGUGGUCCGAAUGUGGUUAUGACAGCGUUCCGCGAAGUUCCGAGGUACCUGAGACGAUAGGGUCGUCACAGCCAGAUCAAGACGAGUCUAUGUGGGACGAGAAAGAUGCUGAGGGAGAAGUGGAUCUUGAUUUGUAA